GCGCCCACCUCGAUUUUGCAAGCGAGACCUGCCCACACAUACAUCGACGACGUCUCUUCUACCUCUUCGACGAACAACCACCCCGCGACUUCGAAGUUUUCCGACCAGCUACUUCGACAAACCGCAAUCAUGGCCGACGAGAACUACAACGCCGAGGAGGCUGCCGAGCUCAAGAAGAAGAGGGCCUUCCGCAAGUUUUCUUACCGUGGAGUCGAUCUUGACCAGCUCCUCGACCUCUCCUCGGAAGAGCUCCGUGACCUCGUCCACGCUCGUGCCCGCCGUAGGUUCAACCGUGGCUUGAAGCGCAAGCCCAUGGGCCUCAUCAAGAAGCUCCGCAAGGCCAAGCAGGAGGCCAAGCCUAACGAGAAGCCCGACCUCGUCAAGACGCACCUCCGUGACAUGAUUGUCGUUCCCGAGAUGAUUGGCAGCGUUGUCGGCAUCUACUCCGGAAAGGAGUUCAACCAGGUUGAAAUCAAGCCCGAAAUGGUCGGCCACUACCUUGCCGAAUUCUCCAUCUCAUACAAGCCCGUCAAGCACGGAAGGCCGGGUAUCGGUGCCACCCACUCUUCCCGUUUCAUUCCUCUCAAAUAAUUGGUCUGGGUCCUCGGUUGCAUGGGUUCUUUCGUGGGGGUGGAGAAAUUACACAAAAAUGUACUUCACGACCUACAACGAAUAAAGGUGUUUGGUGCAUGAACAUCCAUGAAUGCGCUGUUUUUUCGCGUGAUGCAACACACGCACGGCUAUCACGGCGGACGUUUCGGGGGGAUUCCGAUGUAGCAAAACCUCUACAUCCAUGGAUACGAUUCACUCUGGCCACGUGAAGUCACCAAUAGAAUCUUACGUCCAAGUAUGCUCUUGCCUUUGCUGUGAUCUUUCCUUAUCCGAUGCUGGACGCCGGUGGCAUUCACAACAUCACACACCCGUCCCGAACAGCCCAAACUGCUUAGUGCUCAUUGCCGAUAUCAUUCACAGUCCC